CUUCCUAGUUUCAAAAAUCGUUUGCUUUAGAACUGCAGGAACACGUGUUUCAUUUCAGUUUAUACAGAUUGAUCUUUUAUCUUUUAAUAACUGGCAUCAAAUUACCGCUGUUUCUGUCACAGAGAAAAAUUUAAAUGAGUGAGGAUUGUUCGGAAUUCCGUAAAAAUAUGAACUUGAAAUGCAGCAGCGGUACUGAAAUAUGAAAAAGUGUUUAUAAAAUUUCCGGCCCAAAUUUUGGCAGAUUUGAAAUCUCUUCGAUGGAUGAAUUUCCCGGAUGAGCAAUGUUCAGAGGUCAUCGCUGUAUGGAACACAUCUUAGAGAACUUCAUUUUGUUUCUGUCGUGCUUGACCGUCUUGAUCAAUUGCAUGCUGCCUGUUCCUCUCCGUAUCAAUUCAUUUCACGUCCCCACCCCUGCUGUGACGGGUGAUAGCAUCCUUCUCCGGUGCGCCUACGAGCUGGGGAAUGAGACCCUGUACUCAGUGAAGUGGUACAAGAACGCGGGGGAGUUCUUCCGAUAUGUCCCUGCUUCCGAGCCGCCUUUGAAAAUGUUUCCACAGAAUGGCAUCGAUGUGGAUAUGUCAAAGUCUGAUCAAAACAAUAUCUACCUCCGUAACCUGAGUUUAGAAAGCCACGGCAACUACACUUGCCAAGUGUCCACCGACAGACCGUUCUUCCGAUGCGUCCAGACAACUCGCCAGUUGGAAGUCGUAGUGCCCCCUUCGGACGGUCCUAUACUUACGGAAGAGAAGUCCGAUUACGAGGUGGGUGACAACGUGUCCAUCCUCUGCAACUCCGGCAAAUCGAAACCAGCCCCCGAACUCAAGUGGUACAUCAAUGACCAGCUGGCCCAGUCUGACUUGUAUGACAAAGAGACGGUUGUGUAUCCAGAUCAGCUGGAAAGUUCAAGUCUGGCCCUCCGCUUUCGCUUGAAACCCGACGUCCUGCACAACGGAAAAGUCAUUCUCAAAUGCGUUGCCACCCUCAAACACAUUCAUGCGGUCACUAUCAAAGAAAUCAGAGCAGCAGCUUCAAAAGAAGCAUCACCAUUUAUGCUGUCUCUGCUCUUGAUAGCCGCGACUUUCCUAAUAAGCCGACUGACAAGGGAUUAGUUUCACCGUGCUUGAAAGAAACUGUUUUGGAAACUGAAAACCUCGAGUUAAAAAAGCACAAGAAACGAGUUCUUUCUUUUUUCUUCUUUUUUUAACCAUAUCACAGGAAAGAAUGUACAUAAGAUGUCACAGUGUUAUAAGGUGGAAUGAAAAUUUAAGUUGAUUUUUAUGCAGUAAAUAAUUGCUGUUGCUUAAAUGUUAACUAAAAAGUUUUAGUUAAAAAUUAAAGUUAAUUGCCGUAAAAGAUUCUUAAGUAAAUAAACAUCAUAACUGUUAGAUUAUUA